UAUGCGCACCGAAGUAGCAUCUUUGCUAGCUGCGAUAAAAAGUAGUGUGUUUGUGACAGUGUGUGCUGGAGCAAGUCGGCGGGACUUUGUUUGUGUGUGGAUGCAUGUGAUUGCGAUUGAAGGUACGGAGCUAUCCUAUUUUGUGAUUUGGGUAGACAUGUUGUAUGGUGAUGAUAAACAGCUGUUACGCAAAGUUGCGUUUAGUUUUAGCUGUGGAAAGUGGUUUUCUGUCGAUUGUUCAUUAGCUGAUGCAUUAAACACAUCAUCGAGAAUGUGCUGAAUACUGAUCAUUUUUGCUAAGAACCUCAGAUCAGCACAUUUUUUCUUGAAACUAACUUGAACGAUUUAUGGUGCUUCUGAAAUGGAGAAAAUUGUCUUAAACAUGCAGCCACCUUCCACUUUGGCAAAACUGCAUCAAUCUCCUCAAACCAUUUUUUUUACAGGACAUGACGAUACAAAUUCAGUUGAAAUUACUUCAGAAGAUGUUACCAUAAUACCAAGUAGUGGAGAGCAUCAGCCAAGUUCAAAAAUCACACUGAAAAAUAUUGUUGACUUUAAUUGGGAGCUCCGGUUUUAUGCUGGGCAACUGUUAGCUGUUCAUAUUGGAGGAAAAUACGUUGCAUAUGGAAUAAAAACUGUUGGUAAGAACACUGGUUUUGUUAGAGUUGUUAACAGGGAAAAUAAUGGAAGAACUCUUCUGAAAGGCAUGGCUGGAAUGGUCCAAGAUAUAGCAUUCGCACAUAUUCCAUCACAGGUUGUGCUUGCUUGUGUAGAUGAGUACGGAAACCUUCUUGUCCAUCAAGUGGAGGAAAAGGGUGAUAAAAUAAGCUGCACAUUACUACUCCAUGUAGAGAAUGGAAAUGACUCUGUACCAGCAACCAACCACAGAGUUGUAUGGUGCCCUUAUGUACCUGAAGAAGACUCUGAUAGUUCUGAGACAUCCUAUGAUGAUGUUGCAAAAUUAUUGGUGCUUACCCAUGACUCAAAGGCGGAGUUGUGGAAUGUUGGAACAGUGACAAGCCGUUAUGGUGUAGGUCCAUUGCGACCUGAUGAUGUGGAAGAAGGGUAUCUUGCAGUUCAGGAACACACUGAUGCCAUUGUUGAUGCUGCAUUCUCACCAGAUGGAACAGCUUUGGCUACUGCUAGUAAAGAUGGAGAUGUGAAGUUCUUCCAAGUUUAUAUGCACAAUGGUGGGAAACCGAGGUGCUUGCACUUUUGGCAGCCACACGAUGGGAAACCUCUCUCAUCCUUGUUUUUUCUUGACAAUCACAAAGUGCACAAUCCAGAUACUCAAUUCUGGAAGUUCGCUAUUACUGGAGCAGAGAACAAUUCUGAAUUGAAAGUUUGGUCUUGUGAGUCCUGGACAUGUCUUCAGACAGUUAAAUUUAAACCUAAAGAUCAGAAUAAAGGUAUUGUGCUCAAAGCUGGUCUGGACCUUGGAGCAGGACACUUACUCCUUUCCGAUAUCUAUAAUAAAGUAUUGUAUAUUUUCCAAAUAAGUAAAGACAAGCUGGACAGUGUCGCAUAUAUUUCUUCAGCUUCAGAAAUGUUUCUUUCAUACCCAAUUUUGAGCUUUGGCAUUGUUGAUGCUGGUUUGAGGCACGUUAAAAGUGUAAGUUCAUCAAGCCUGGAUGAGAUUUGCAAUGAGGAUUUGGAUGAUGACCAGCUGCCCAGUAUACCAGCUGUGGUUGUGAAGAUGUUUCUUGUUCAACCAAAGUCAUUGCAAGAAUGUCAUAUUAUGUUGCAAGCACCCUCCAGUGUGGCUGUUGAUGACCAUGUUAACACAGUUUCAAAGGAUUCUCAUGUGUUUCAGGACAGUUUCUCGGAUGUCUCACUGAAUGUAAUAACCAUGAAUGGCACAGAUUUAGAUUCACAACUAAUUAAUAUUGCAAAAGAUGAGAUUGCUGACUCUCAGCAGCCAACCAGUCCAGCCAAUCAACAGCAUACACAACAAGAACAACAGUUAAAGCACAAACAAGAAGAAGAGAAACGUAAUGAUGACGAUGAUGAUGAGGAGGAGGAGGAAGAAGAGGAAGAGGAGGAGGAGGAAGAGGAAAGAGAGAAACAACAAGUGCAGCAACCACCACAGCAGUUAAAUUUGAUGACACCAGAUGCAUUUAGCUCUCCAGCUAAAAAGGAAAGCCCUACUGAAAUUCUUAAUCCAUUAGUGGUGUCCCGCCAUAAUGAUUCUUCACACAUUCCAAGAAUUCUGGAUGUGCCAAUUUCAGCAUCUCCUGUAAUUCAAAGUAUGGACAUAGCUUUAGACUGCACAGUAAAUGGUGGUUUGGCACUUGGCAGUGACUCACCAAGGAGAGAAGGAUUUGCAAGUGGAGGCAGUAGUCCUAGUAGAGAGGUGCAAGAGAUAUUAUCGUUGAAGAGUCCUGAAUGUUUGAACCACAGUUUCUACGAAGAAAAAGCUGAAUCAGAUGACUGCCUAAAUAUCCUUAAUCCAGUUGUAAAUAUUGAUACAAAAGCAUUACCUGCACCAAAAGAUAAACUCCAAUUUGAUGUGCUGCAGAAAGACAGUUUGAAAGUUAACAUUACUGAAGGUGAUGGGUGGCCUGAGAUCCCCAUGAUGCUAGCUGCAGAAAUGAGAAAGUCAGUGGCUUCUGAAGAAAGUAACAGUAAGAGGAACUCUGCUGGAAUGCAACCUGAGAAGUUGAUGGGAAAUUUGGAAAUUGACAUAAAAAAUCAGCAGUUGCUGAAAGCCAAUCAGAGGCUAGAAGCAUCAGUAACUGCUUUGUCAGAACAAAUAAAUACACUUACAAGUGUGCUGCAUGAGCAGCAGAUGCAGAUAAAGGAGCUGAAAAGUGAAAUUCAAAUUGUUCGGCAAGAAGCAAUGCCUGAAAGGUUUGCGUCCCAAUUGGAGCCGUAUAUGACAGCAGUAAUUUCUUCACAAAUUGAAAAAACCUUAAAAAAUCAUGAUGACAAAAUUGCACCAUUGUUAGAGGAAAUGUUAACUACUAGAGAUGAACAUGAUAGGAAGAGACAAGAUGCACUCAUGUCUGCAAUAUCACAGACUGUCGGAAAUCUAGUUUCUGCAAAGUUAGAAGAUAUUGUGUGCAUUGAAAUAAAAGAAAAUAUUUUGCCAGCAAUACUUGAAGCAAUUGAUCCCAUAAAAAAUCAACUCCAUACAGAAAUGGCUCAGAAGCUGUCAGCUACGGACCAUCUUUUAAAAGAAAACAUAUCUAAACUGGUUCAGAGCAAGUCAGUUAUGGAGGUUCUCAGCAGUACUCUUGUGGGAGCAUUGCAGCCUGUGGUAAGAAACACUUACAAGGAAAUGUUUGGAAGCACUGCAUUGCCAGCAUUUGAAAAAGCUUGUCAAAAUAUGUUUCAACAGCUCAAUGAGGUUUUCACAAAGGGUUUGAAAGAACAUGUUCAGAGCUUUGAAAGCCACUUUGAUAAACAACGUAGACAGCAGGAGAAAGGCAGAGAUGUUUUGUCUCAGAUGCAAGUCACUUUGGAGACCUUGCGUACAAAUACUGAAAACAUCCCAGUUGUUAUACAGCAAGAAGUGCAAUCACAAAUUCAAAAGGAGCUUUCUAGUUUCCAGGAUAACCUGACAAAGGCUGUUAGCAUAGUUGUGAAAGAAAACAUAACAAAAGAAUUUCAUGCCCAGCAGUCUGUUAUUGAGGACAGAGUAUUAAAUGCUGUUCGUUCAAGAGCUGUUACUCCUGCUCCACACUUACUAGAUAGUCAGGUGCAGAAGGCUCAGCUGAUGCAAUUAAUUGCUCAAGGACAAAUAAAUCCUGCCUUCCAACAGGCUCUUUCGGCAUCUGAUUUGAGUCUAGUAGUUUUUGUUUGUGAACGUGUCAAUCCCCAACAAAUCUUUAGUCAGACACCAUGUCCUCUACAGCAACAUGUUUUGUUGUCUCUUAUACAGCAGCUUUCAGCUGAUAUGGAAAAUGACACAGAGAUCAAACACAAGUACUUGGAAGAAGCUGUCAUGAACUUGGAGACAAAUAAUGCCUUAACCAGAGAACACUUGCCAACAGUGAUUACUGCCCUUCAACGACAGCUUUCAGCGUAUAUUACGAAGAACCCAAACAACAAAAUUACUCGCAGUAUGAAAAUGCUCCUUAUGGCAACAAGGGCUUUACUGAAUCAGUGACAUAAAAUAUCAACCAGAACUUGAAUUUUUUAUAUUUUUUAUCAAUUAAAUGUCUGUAAAAGUAUUACACUGUAAUUUUGAUAGGCUGUGGGCAUGACUGAUAUUCAUGUGUAGUGAUUUUGUGUGUGUGUGUGUGUGUGUGUGUGUGUGUGUGUGUGUGUGUGAAGGUCGCAGUAUGAUUCUUGGUGUAUAUUUAUUUGUAAAUACGAUUCUUGUGAGAGACUUUGACAACGACAAAGUGCUGUUGUAGUAUAUUAUUACAUAUUGAAUUCAGAUCUGUUAAGACUGACUUGCAUAAGUUUUAUGUAAAUUGAUGCAAAUGUAUUUUUAGUAGUGUUUACAGAUCAGAGCAAUAACUUUCAGUAACUAAAAAGUUAAAGUUGUUGUUUUUAUUAUUUUAGGUAUGUUUAUGCCUAUAAUAAUUAAUACUAUGAUAUGCCCUCAAUGCUGCAGCUGGUCACAGUAAAAAAAAAAAAACAACAAAAAAA